CAUGUUGCCGCAAACAAAGGUUCUCCAAGAAAUCUCAGAUGUGAAGAUAAUGCUCCCAAGCCACACACAAGUCCUAAGCACAGAAAAUGGGGUGAUGAGAUAAGAGGAAAAAGGAAGGGAUGUUAAUCUUGCUAAGACUAUUCUUGGGAAAUGGAUGCUGCACAAUUUGCCAAACGUGCAAUUUGCCAGGAAGAUCUCUUCAACUUUAACCCAAUAAUAACAACAGGAAUGCAGGCAGCUUGUAUGCUUGUAAUCUCCCACAUUUUUCAUCUUAUCUUGACACCUUCAGGACAACCAGGACCUGUUGCAAAUAUUAUUGCUGGACUAGUGCUAGGUCCUUCAUUGUUGUGCAAAAUCAAAAAACUUCAGGAAUUCUUUAUCCAGUCUUCUUCUAUAGAAUACUAUCGAGUUCUGACAUUCAAUUUUCGAGUCUUUUUUAUGUUCUUGAUUGGUUUGGACACAGAUGUUCCUUAUAUGAGGCGAAAUCUGCGUUUGGCAAGCACUCUUGCAUUUGGAGGUAUAAUUGUAUGCACCCUUUUUGGAGCUGCUUCUGCAAUCGUUAUCCUCCAUUUAUUGAAGUUCAGUUACAGCAAAUGGACAUUGGUUAUUGUUAUUCCAUUGAUUCUAGCAAAUUCAGCCUCUCCUGUGGUGAUUCGAAUGGCGGCAGAAUUGAAAAUUGAUACUUUAGAAGUAGGGAGAUUAGGAAUAUCUUCUUCUCUGGUGAAUGAAAUGUCUUGUGUAUUAUUAUAUUCUGCAUACGUUUCUGUUCAAAAUGGGAAAAAGUUUGGAAAUGGGAUUCUUUGCCUUUUCUUUAUGGUGGCACUUGUUAUUUUGAACAGAUACUUAGCUAUUUGGUUCAACAAAAGGAACCAGAACCAAAAAUAUGUGUCAAACACAGAGGUGCUCAUCGUUUUCGUCCUUGUUGUAGCUACCGCAGGCAUCAUUGAAUCCUAUGGUUACCUAAGUACAUUUGCUUGUUUCCUAUUUGGCUUGCUGUUUCCUAGGGAAGGCAAAACAGCUCGGACAUUGUUGCGAAAACUCACUUAUUCUGUUCACAACUUCAUGCUUCCUAUUUACUUUGGCUUUGUAGGAUUCCAAUUUGAUGUGAAGCAUCUUAUGAGUUUUGAGAAUGCCAUUAUGAUUGUCCUUAUGAUCUCGUUGAGCACUGGAGGAAAAAUUGUGGGUACUCUCGCUGCUUGCCAUUACCUAAACAUUCCAAAGGAUGAGGGUGUUUUGCUUGCUUUCAUACUUAACUUUAAAGGCCAUACUGAACUUCUAAUUCUUGAAAUAGUUCCUAAGUUCAUUGCCUGGUGGACCAGAAAACUUCAUAGUUUGGUGGUAAUAGUAGUAGUUCUUGACACAUUGAUUGCAGGAAUAGUGGUGGUUUUUAUGUUGAGAACAAGGGAAUAUUACUUUGCUCAUAAAUUUGUCUCCAUCGAGUCACAUGAUACGGAUAGGGAGCUUCGAAUGCUAGCUUGUGUUUACUGUUCGCGCCAUACAUCUGCCACAGUUGGACUAAUCUCAGCAAUGAGUGGUUCUCAGAAUGUACCCUUCACUCCUUACUUGAUGCACCUGGUGGAGCUACCUGAGAAACACAGAAAAACUAAACUGAUGUAUCACCAGCUACAAGAUGGUGAUCAAUUCAGUGAUGAGGAGGAAUAUGGUGGAAAUGAUGUGCUAGAGAUCAAUGAUGUGGUUGAUGCCUUUACUGCAGAUACCAAAAUUUUCAUCAACCAAAGAAAAGUUGUAGCAUCCUUUGCAGCAAUGUAUGAGGAUGUUUGCAGCGGCGCAGAGGACUUUCGUGUAUCGAUAAUAUUCGUACAUUUACACAAGCAUCAACGCAUUGAUGAAAAGUUGGAGAAUGGAAAGGAGGGGAUUAGGACUAGCAACCAGAAAAUUCUUAGCCAUGCACCGUGUUCGGUAGGGAUCCUGGUAGACCGAGGACAUACUGGAUUCAAGAAACCAGGAUCAGAACUUGUACAGCAAGUAGCAAUUCUAUUUUUCGGGGGCCCUGAUGAUCGUGAGGCAUUGGCAUGUAGUAAAAGGAUUGCUAUGCAUCGUUACAUUAAGUUGACAUUGAUUCGUUUCCUAUCAUCAGUAUCAAAGGAACAACUUAACAAGUGGAGUAAUGAUGCUUCCAAUAAAGAUGAUGAAGUCCUGCUUGCAAUAUCAGAUCCUAAAGUUGACAAUGAGAUGGAUGAUGCAUCUGUUAAUGACUUCCUGAACAGGUAUGUAAAAUCUGGCAGAGCAACUUUUGCAGAGAAGUAUGUGAACAACGGGGAGCAAACAGCGACAAUUUUAAGAGAGUUGGGAGAAAUGUAUUCAUUGAUCAUUGUAGGGAAGGGUAGGAGAGGGCACACACCAAUGUUAAUUGGUUUGACAGACUGGGAAGAGUGUCCAGAACUUGGAAUUGUUGGGGAUCUGUUAGCUUCUUCGGAAUUGAGUAUCAGUGGUUCAGUUUUAGUCAUUCAACAGCAUAGGAACCAUUUGAACAAAAACAAUGUUGAUGAAUUGUAGGAAAGUUGCAUAUUCAUAGGUGCUAGUUGAUCAUUGAAAAUGUAAUUGCCAAAUUAUAAUGGUUUGGUGGAAAUGAAUUUGGUCCAGGUAAAUUUAGAAUAUUAAUUGUUGCCAUAAUAAUUCCAAAUAUAUUUUCAUUUCACCCAUUGGUUCUUGGUGAUUAAUAUGAAUGAAUGUGCAACAAG